CCAACCACCGUUCCAACGUGCGCACUCUACUGCAUUAGCUAAAAAUUACACGACAAGGAGUGGUAACGCUACUAGCGGCAUGUCCCUUCCCGAUGCGUAUCUCGAGCUACAGAUUGCCCGAGGUCGGUCGUUCUACGUAUACCCCUCGGACAUGGAGCUUCUCAAAAAGGCUGAAGCGAGACUCUACUCGGCUUCACGAGAAAUGGCAAAGGACCGAGGAAGAGACCGCGAAAUCUCUGCUAGAAGAGCUACCGUCAAUGCUCAAAGCGCCGUCGACUCCCCCUCUCAAUUGAAUGGCGGGUCGAGCAAAUGGAAGUGGUCGACGUGGGGCUCUCGCAGUUUCAAUAUUCCCUCACCACCUCCUGAAGAAGAUGAACAUCCUCAGUCAUCAUCUGCAGCCGUCGCAAUGCUCCUGCCCAUGUCUAGCUCUACCCCUAAUUCGGCCAAGGUUGCCGGCGGGGCCCCUAAAGGACGAGCUAGGGCCUCCACAUCCCCGAUGCCCCAAGUGUGGGCCGAUCACUGGGCAUGGUUUAGCGAUCCCAGAUUCGAUGGGUCCUUCCCAUCUCGAGUUUUACCGUUCUUGUACCUGGGCAAUUUGGCCCACGCGUCCAACGCAUACAUGCUUCAUGCCCUCGGAAUCACCCACGUUGUGUCUGUGGGUGAGUGUGCACUGGUGCCACCACAGGCCAAUUGCACCCAAGCGGCGGAAUAUCGGUUCUCGUAUGGUGGCAAGGUUCUAGGAGCCGGUCCUGGUUCUCUGUGGAUUGAGGAAAGAGAAGGGAGGAUCAAGGUCUUGGAUAUCAAGGGCGUAUCCGAUGACGGCAUUGACAGUCUCAGAGUCCGAUUCAGAGAAGUAUGCGACUGGAUUGAUGCUGCUCGCCAGGAGGGUGGAAAGAUUGCUUAUGUCAUGAAGCAUUUGAACAUGUCUCUAGUCGAUGCAUACCUGUUGGUUCGUUCUAGGCGUCUUAGGUUGUUGUAUAAUCUGUGUUCGUGGGAAGUUGAGCUUGCCCGUGAGCUUGCUGCAUCAGAUGAGUCUGCGGUCAACAC